UCACAAUUCUGUAUGAAUGCAUGCGCUCCAUCGCUCUAGUUAUAUUCCGACUAGUUCGCUCUCUGCCAGAAUUGCAAGGAACACGCAAUCUUGCAGGGAUGUAAUGAUCGUUGGCCGUGCGUUUGCUUGGCGACGCCAAUCGCUGGCUCCGCCUUCCAUGCGAAGCAGAGUGACCAGUCGAAGCAAGAGCAAAGAUGAUGGGGUGCCUAUAUCAGUCCAGCCAAGGAAUUCGAAACAACAUGAGAAGAAACAACAGCUUUCCCGUCCAUCGCUCGACUUCCCCACUGCAGUCCUUGAGGCAGCCAGAAGAGCUUCCCUACACCCGAACGCAUCGCCGCCCACACAAGAGAGUUCGACGCCGUCAUGCUUUUCUGCAUUUGAAGAAGAACGACCGUACAGCAGUCCAGCAAGGAGAAGAGUUGUGGAUGUGAGCGACCACAAGACAUGCGCACUGUUGAUGACCAGAAUGAAGGAGGCGAAUCGACAACCAUCGCCGAGUCAAUUGGCAGCGGAGGAGGCUCGACGGGAGCAGAAAACAGAUUCCGGACCAUUUGCCGUCCGUAAAUCCACGCUUGCCUCAAAUGCACCGGUCAAAGAGAAGGGUCCAUCGUCGUUGUUCAUAUUUUCUGAGGACAACUUUAUACGAAGGAACGCGAAAGCGAUCAUAGAAUGGGGUCCAUUCGAGUACUUCAUCCUACUCACCAUCAUUGGAAACUGUGUCGUCCUGGCAAUGGAACAGCACCUGCCAAAAAACGACAAAAAACCGCUUUCGGAAAAGCUGGAAUACACCGAGCCAUACUUCAUGGGUAUUUUCUGCCUAGAAUGUGUGCUGAAAAUUAUUGCUUUUGGUUUUAUUGCUCACAAAGGAUCGUAUCUUCGAUCUGGAUGGAACAUCAUGGAUUUCAUUGUAGUAGUAUCCGGAGUAGUGACUAUGUUUCCUGUGUCGCCAGCCGGAGCAGGUGGUGGUCCAGAAAAGGUGGAAACGGUCGACUUGAGGACUUUGCGAGCUGUGAGGGUGCUACGACCGCUGAAAUUAGUAAGCGGCAUUCCCAGCUUGCAAGUCGUACUCAAAUCGAUUUUGUGUGCAAUGGCACCACUUCUGCAAAUCGGCUUGCUUGUGCUGUUCGCUAUUGUUAUCUUCGCCAUCAUCGGGCUUGAAUUCUACUCAGGAGCCUUUCACUCAGCCUGUUAUACUGAGCGGGGUGAGAUUGAGAACGUCAGUGACAGGCCCUCACCUUGCACAAAUAAGACCAAAACUAUGGGCGUUUAUAAUUGCGACGUACCUGGAACUACCUGUUUGAACCAGUGGAUAGGGCCGAAUUAUGGCAUUACUUCAUUCGACAACAUCGCAUUCGCUAUGAUUACCGUAUUUCAAUGCAUUACCAUGGAAGGAUGGACCACAGUAAUGUAUUAUACCAACGACUCGUUGGGGAGCACCUACAACUGGGCGUAUUUUAUUCCUCUUAUCGUGCUCGGAUCGUUUUUCAUGCUGAAUCUUGUACUCGGAGUUUUGUCGGGAGAAUUUGCAAAGGAAAGAGAAAGAGUGGAAAAUCGCCGCGAGUUUCUGAAACUUCGACGACAGCAACAAAUUGAGCGCGAACUCAACGGUUAUCUCGAAUGGAUCAUGGCUGCCGAAGAAGUAAUACUCAAAGAGGAUAGAACCACAGAAGAAGAGAAACAAGCAAUUCUCGACGGCCGUCGUCGGGCAGAAACGAAGAAGAAGAUGAAAGACGCGUCAAAACAGCAGUCAACGGAGACGGAGGAGGACCUCGAGGAGGAGGAAGAGGAAGUUGACGAGGAGUACGACGACGAGGGAGGCGAGCCAGGAGAAGAUUACGAGAAACGUCGUCGCGGCUGUUACUACUGCAUCUGUAAAAGAAUUCGUAAGGCCAGAAUUCAAAUACGGGUAAUAGUGAAGACGCAAGUAUUCUAUUGGUCUGUAAUCACAUUGGUCUUUCUCAACACGGCUUGCGUCGCAUCCGAGCAUUACGGGCAGCCACCAUGGCUCACAAAGUUUUUACAGUAUGCCGAGUACGUAUUCUUAGGGAUUUUCAUAAUGGAAGUAUUGCUCAAAUUGUUUGCCAUGGGUACUCGAACUUAUUUUGCAUCCAAGUUCAAUCGUUUUGAUUGCAUAGUCAUUGUCGGUUCUGCAUUCGAAGUCAUUUGGGCUGAGGUGAAAGGAGGCUCAUUCGGUAUAUCCGUUCUACGUGCGCUACGUUUGCUCAGAAUUUUCAAAUUGACUUCAUACUGGGUGUCGCUUCGUAAUCUGGUUCGAUCCUUGAUGAAUUCAAUGCGGAGCAUCAUCUCUUUAUUGUUUCUCCUCUUCCUUUUCAUUCUGAUCUUCGCCCUGCUUGGAAUGCAGCUUUUUGGAGGAAAAUUCAACUUCCCUUCGAUGCAUCCCUACACCCAUUUUGACACAUUUCCUGUUGCUUUGAUCACCGUAUUUCAGAUACUGACCGGUGAAGACUGGAACGAGGUUAUGUACUUGGCUAUAGAAGCUCAGGGUGGCAUUUAUGGCGGUGGGAUGGUCUACUGCAUCUACUUCAUCGUACUUGUGCUAUUCGGAAAUUAUACGUUACUGAACGUGUUCUUGGCUAUCGCUGUCGAUAACUUGGCGAAUGCGCAGGAACUCACAGCAGCAGAGGAAGCGGAUGAGAAGGCGAACGAGAUGGACGACAGUGAGGAGGAGGAGCCGGAUGGAGAUCACUGCACCAUUGAUAUGGAUGGUAAUGACGGUGAUGACGAUGAGGAAUGCGAAGAAGAAGAAUCACCAUUCGGAGGCCCACGACCUAUGGUCCCAUACACGUCCAUGUUCUUUUUGUCUCCAUCAAAUCCACUUAGAGUGCUGGUACACAACAUAGUGUGUACAAAGUACUUCGAAAUGAUGGUCAUGGGAGUCAUUUGUCUAUCGUCCAUAUCGUUGGCAGCCGAAGAUCCAGUCGAUGAGGAUAAUGCGAGGAACAAGGUUCUUCAAUACAUGGAUUAUUGUUUCACAGGAGUGUUUGCCUGUGAGAUGCUGCUGAAGUUAAUCGACCAAGGCAUCAUUCUCCACCCAGGAUCUUACUGUCGUGACUUCUGGAACAUACUUGAUGGCGUAGUGGUAACUUGUGCACUGGUUGCCUUUGGAUUUGCAGGCACAGAGGGAUCUGCAGGAAAGAACCUGAACACGAUCAAAUCGCUAAGAGUUCUACGAGUGCUGAGACCUUUGAAGACCAUCAAGCGAAUCCCGAAAUUAAAGGCUGUAUUUGACUGCGUCGUCAACUCUCUGAAGAAUGUCUUCAACAUCCUCAUUGUGUACUUCUUAUUCCAAUUCAUCUUUGGAGUCAUUGCAGUGCAGCUCUUCAACGGAAAGUUUUUCUACUGUACCGACAAAACGAAGCGCUUUGCCUAUCAGUGUCACGGACAGUUCUUUGUCUUCGACAAUCAGAAUGAACCCCCUCGUGUCGAGCAGCGGGAGUGGCGACUAAGACCGUUCAAUUACGAUAAUACCAUCAACGCCAUGCUCACAUUGUUCGUGGUGACAACGGGAGAAGGGUGGCCGGGUAUCCGCCAAAAUUCCAUGGAUACGACCUUUGAGGACCAAGGUCCCAGUCCAUUCUUUCGUGUCGAGGUCGCCUUAUUCUAUGUGAUGUUCUUCAUUGUGUUCCCGUUCUUCUUCGUGAAUAUCUUCGUGGCUUUGAUUAUCAUCACAUUCCAAGAGCAGGGUGAAGCUGAGCUGUCAGAAGGGGACCUAGACAAAAAUCAGAAACAAUGCAUCGAUUUCGCAUUAAAUGCCCGACCACGCUCUCUGUUUAUGCCCGAAGACAAGAACUCCAUAAAAUAUCGCAUUUGGCGACUGGUUACGUCGGCUCCUUUCGAAUAUUUUAUCAUGGCGAUGAUUUGCUGCAACACUAUCAUUCUUAUGAUGAAGUUCCACGGAAAUUCCGAAUUUUAUGAGAAAGUUCUCAGGCUGUUCAAUACUGCGCUCACAGCUGUUUUCACAGUUGAAAGUAUUUUGAAAAUCUUGGCAUUUGGUGUUAGAAAUUACUUCCGUGAUGGUUGGAACAGAUUUGACUUUGUUACAGUUGUUGGUUCCAUAACUGAUGCUUUGGUUACUGAAUUUGGGGGGCACUUCGUCUCGCUGGGAUUCCUCCGUCUGUUCCGCGCUGCCAGACUCAUCAGACUGCUGCAGCAAGGCUACACGAUCCGCAUACUGCUGUGGACGUUCGUGCAGAGUUUCAAGGCCCUUCCCUACGUCUGCCUCCUGAUCGGCAUGCUGUUCUUCAUCUAUGCGAUUGUAGGAAUGCAGGUGUUCGGUAAUAUCUGGUUGAAUGCAGCUACUGAAAUCAACCGUCAUAACAACUUUCAAUCAUUCUUCAACUCGGUGAUCCUCCUUUUCCGUUGCGCUACUGGAGAAGGCUGGCAGGACAUCAUGAUGGCGUGUGGCGCACAGAAGGACUGUGCUAAACCCGGUACUCACAAGAUCAACACCGAGAAGGGUCAAACCUGUGGCAGCAAUGUCAGUUACGCGUACUUCACAUCCUUUGUCUUCCUCUCGUCAUUUCUGAUGCUGAAUCUUUUCGUUGCCGUCAUCAUGGAUAACUUUGAUUACUUAACCAGAGAUUCUUCGAUCCUUGGUCCGCAUCACUUGGACGAGUUCAUUCGCGUCUGGGCAGACUACGAUCCUGCGGCGACUGGUCGGAUUCAUUACACGGACAUGUACGACAUGCUACGGAAUAUAACCCCACCUGUUGGAUUCGGCCGAAAAUGCCCGUAUCGGUUAGCUUACAAGCAUUUGGUACGCAUGAAUAUGCCGGUGGCGGAGGAUGGAACGGUACACUUUACCACGACGCUCUUCGCCCUAAUUCGUGAGAGCCUCAGCAUCAAAAUGAGGCCAGUCGAAGAAAUGGACGAAGCUGACGAAGAGCUGAGACAGACUUUGAAGAAAAUUUGGCCUCUGAAAGCGAAGAAAAACAUGAUCGAUCUAGUUGUGCCACCUAAUCAUGAACUUUGCUUCCAAAAGCUCACAGUGGGUAAAAUCUAUGCAGGACUCUUGAUUCUCGAGAAUUACAGAGCGAAGAAAAGUGGCACAGAGGUCGGUGGCGGAGGUCUUUUCGGCGGUGGCCUUCGCGGCUUGGUGGCCGCUGCAAAGGCAGCCGGCGGAGCUAAUCACGUCUCGACUCCACAAGCUGACGAAACAAGCCAGCUGAUUCCAAAUCACACCCCGCUUGCGAAUAAUAUCUCUGCACAGCGAUCAUACAAUCUGUAUACUCCGCUUGAAGAUGCAUCAAAGUCCAAUAAGAGCAGCGAAGAGGGCGAAGAGACUCCUACACGUUACUCUCCGCCACAAGAAGUGCCAAAAGCAGUCACAGCUGGUCGUCGUAUCUCGGACAUGUUUUCGCGUAUACGCCGUGGAGCUGGAGCAGUUGCGCGCGACCCGCCACAGCAGUAUGCACCACGUUUCAACUACUAUCGUGAGAGGUCAUCUCAGUACGACGAGACGGAGCAGCUGUUGUCGUCACAGCGAUCCAGGUCUCCAUCGCCUCGUUACUUGAGUCUACAUGGCAGAAGCAGUCCACCUAGUCCCGCUGAGCGCUAUCCUCCGCGCUACAGAUCUCGAGAAUCCCCUCCAUCCUCUGACUAUGCCAUGUCCAUACGAGAUCCAGCACCUCGCAUGCCUCGCCCUGCUCAGCUUUACUAUUCGCGACCUCUAAGAACAAGUUACACCUCAUACCCUCAUCAGUAUGCACGAAGUCCCUACUCUGAUGAAAGCCCAGGCAGAAGUUUUCGUCGGCAUGGUUACUCGAGAUAUAAUGACACGCCUCCCGAGAUCAGUGAAGACGAAGAAAUGACGAAUUCUGUGAGGCAACGACGUCUUCCCUUGAUAGGAUCAAUACCACAGGGUGGUGAUCUGCGUUCGGGUCCAUACUCCCAGCCAUCUUAUGCAGGUUUUCCUUCGAGUGCUUCUCAUUCCUCAAUGGGUCAGUUUGCAUCUCCACCAUAUAGACCUCCUUCGGUAGCAUCUCCCACGCGGUCACAUCGUCAGGACUAUUACACAGCCAGGGAAAGUUAUUAUGACAUACCAUCACCGAGCCCUGCAGGGAACGAUAUGUAUCAUGGUUACAACCGAUCGUCUCCGUCUCGAUAUUCGUCCGUAGUUUACGCUCACGACAAUGGUCCCCGCACUAGAGUCAUCCAGGCGCAGUCCGGCACCAUUCCUCUCAGUGACUCUGAGUCGGAUGACCAGGAACGAUGGGCCGUUGUUUGAUGUUAGCAUCUUCGUUGCUCGUCACCAAGUGUCUUAGUGAUACUCAGUUCGGAGCGACAGCAAUUAUUCAUAGGGGAUCUAAACCGUCUGCAAUCUAUUUAUCCGGUUGAUCAUCCGUGUGCAAUUCAGUGUCAUAAUUAUUCGUCAAAUUUGUUCUAACCUAAAAUUUCUAAUCUCGAGUCUGUACAGUAAAUUAAUGUAGCCCUCUAAUUUGCUUAGUCAUGCUUACUCAUUCGCUCCUGAAUUCACUUAGGUACCUCUACAUACCUUGACCAAUAUGUUGGCUAUAUGCCAGGCUGACCGUACUUACUGCGUAAGGAUAUUACCUUGUCGAAUGCUUAUUAAUAUAUUGUUUACACUCCUUACUGUGCUCUUACCUGGUGUCCGUGUCACGUCUAUCCUAUCCGACGUGUGCCACUUCAUUCGUUGCCCUCUACUGCCUGGAUCUUACUUUGUUUGGCACGCUUUAAAUUCGGUCCAAUAUAAUCGUCAAAGAUUGUGACGUUAAGUUAAUUUCGCUUUGCACUGCCGGCUGGGCUAUACCCCGUUGAUUCGGCCUUUAAGCGUACAUCAAGAUCUCAAAGCUUUUACCAAACAGUGUAACGUAAGUCUAAAUGAAAGAAUAAAUUAAGUUCUCG